AUGACUUAUGCGUCCGGAAGUUAUCAUAAUAGUGGAUAUCAGAAUACUCAGCUCAGAAAGCCAAGACCAUUUACUCCAUUGCCGAUGCCAUUAUCACAACUUUUACCCGCUUUGUUGGGCAAGCAGCUUGUAGCUAAAGAAGUCGCUCGAGCUAACCCCCCGAAGUAUCGUGGGUUCGACCCUUCCAAAUCCCGCGUUUUCCACACGAGGGAAAAGAGGCAUGACGUUGACGGCUGCUACAUCCUCAAGCAUAAAGUCAAAGAUCUUCUAGAGGGAAAUUAUUUGUCGUUUAAAGACUUCGAGCUGAAUGUGCAUAAGAAUCCGUUAUCGGGCCAUGCCUCAAAUGUGGCGAUCAUUGAAGAGGUGAGGAGCGUCACCAAGAAGAGAUUCCGAAUAGAUGUUGUGGAAAUGUAUCAUGCACUCAUUUCAAAUGGGCACUACAAAGGUACGGAUUUGAUCCCUAUCCAAGGGAAGCAUGUGCACAUCGCCGAGAUGUUCCAAAAUGGAGUAAUUUGGGCUAUCCCAAAGGAAGUCAUUGGCUCUUCAUCCCCUCAUGUGGUUGGUAUUCCCGAAACCGCCCAUGUCGAGCCGGACUUGGAGGUAGCCGUGGUUGAGCCUGGCAAUCCCUUUGUUGAGUCGGAAGACAUAAUCGUGCCCGAGGUGGCGCCGGGGGAUGAGUUCGACGUGCUGGAGCCCACCGACGGAGCGGUUGUCUUGAAUGAAGCAGAACGGCUUAUAAGCAUAGAAGAGGUGGCUCUUGAUGAUGCAAUUGCCCUCGAAAUAGUGUCGGAUUUGAAUGAGACACUUAUCACUAUGGUAGAGCCUGUUGUUAUAGACCUUACUGUCGUAGAGGAUUUAGGCAAUUACAAGCUUGAAGAUGAGGGCUACAUGGUUAUUGAUCUCACUUCCGAAGAUUUCAUUCGUAUGGGAGCUCGGUUGGAUGCUAGUUUGGACAUCGUGGGAAGCAGCUUCUGCCUAAUCACGGUUGAUACACCAUCAAUGGUUGCGAGUAAAGGUCCACCAGUUCCCAUCAACACUAAGGAAGUGGCCUGGGAUUAUGGGGCCGAGACAUUUGAUUCGGCCACCAGGACAGGUCGUUCUUAUGCAUCUCCGGGGCUAUCUCGGAAGAAACCCGUGAUCGAAGUGGAGGCCGAGCAUCUUCUAUCUGUUGUAAAAACUAGUGAGUUCUCUGUGGUAGAUCGCCUUAGAAAAAUACCGGCCCGCAUUUCCAUCCUCGAGUUAUUCCAAUCGUCGGAAAAGCAUAAAGAGACCCUUCUAAAGGUGCUUAACGAGGUGCAUGUUCCCAAUAGUACCGGCGCACUCCAGUUGGAGGAAUUUGUUGGCUCUAUUCCGCUAAAUAAUCAAAUAUCGUUUUCUGAUGAGAAUCUUCCGUCCGGUGGUCCUUCCAUUGCAAUGCUCUCCACAUCUCCAUUAAGUGCCGAAGCAAAAUGA